CCUGCCUGCUUUUGACUGGGGGAGGUUGGCAUCGAUUGGGAAAUUGGCCAGUUGGCAAGCCAUGACUUUGUCCAAACUUUGCCCAGGUCGACGUAUUGACGGGGAGAAGAGGGAACUGCGCGUUUCGGAAGCCCCCCACUAGAGAGUGACCCGGUGGAAGGACCCCCCUCCGUGCCAGGGAGAUGACAACUUCUUUUGCCAACUCUCAGGUCCCGCCGGAUAUUCCGCCUCGCUCCACCUCCAUCGACAUGGAUUCUCCUCCCGAACCCAGCAUGGCCAAGGAGUACGAAGAUCUCCAAAGCCUCGAGGUGGCAGGCAAAAGUGAGCAGCACUUUAGGAGAGCGCUGCCUCCAUUCCAGUCGAACUGGCGCCGGAUCUGCCCCACCAACCGCCUCGUCUUGGUCCUGAUGGGGUUCUGCUUCAUCCUGACCCUCUCGGUGGCUUUGCUUGGCGUCCAGAGGACUCGUUUCAGCGGAGAUCAAGGGGCGGCGAAGGAGGCUCUCAAGAGUUUGAACCUGACGGUGAAAGCGGGGCUCAGCAGCAUCCAACAGAAGAGGAACGGCACCAGAACGAAACUGGCCGCGCUGGAGAAAACGAUGAACGACCAGGUUUCGAAGAUGGAGAAAGUCAAGAAACAAGUGGAAAGCCAGUUGGAUACCUUAAAGCAAGACUCGAGAGCUUUCCACUGUGAGCUAGUGGAGAUGAGAAGCAACGGGAGUAAAACUGGGUGCUGCCCGAUAGGCUGGAAGAAUUUCGAGGAGAGCUGCUAUUGGAUGUCUCAGGACACGGCUUCUUGGAACCAGGCCAAGCUGGACUGCGAGAAGAAGGAGGCUCACCUGGUGGUCAUCAACUCUCCGAAAGAGAAAAUAUUCGUGAAUCAGCGCCGGAGGUCCAGUGACAUGUGGAUCGGCCUGACGGACGUCACGGGAGUCUGGAAGUGGGUGGACGGGACUUCGUACGUGCUCCAGCAAGAAGACUGGGCUGAAGGACAGCCAGACCACUGGUACGGCCACGGACUGGGAGGCGGAGAGGACUGUGUCCAGGCUUUGUCCAAUGGCCUCUGGAACGACAACCACUGCACUCGCCGAUUCCCUUGGAUGUGUGAGAUGGAGCUGGGGCUCUAGAGGAAACAGAAAUUUCCCCCCACCUCCAACCUGGUUCUGUCAUUCGGACCCGGAGAGUUCCACACAAGUGAUUUCUUUUCUAGUUGUAUUUAUGAUUUUUUCCUUUUCUUUUCUUUUGA